GAACUCUGCAAAUAUUUAGUAAUCCGUGCGAAUGACAAAGUAAUUAAUUUUGUGGACGUUUCAAGCAAUGGUAGAUGUUGCUGUGGUUGAGGUGGUUACUGUUGAAAAUGGCGUUUGCUGUAUGUGGUAACAUAAUGAGGACUAUGAUGUCUAGAUUCGUUGUCUUGUAGGACUCCUACGGAAUAAUUUCAAUCCUGGAUAUUUUAAUUACAAAUACUUGUAUUAUUUUGUUAUGUCUUUUUUCUGUUACGAUGAUGGAUGUAAUAGUAAAACUGAACAGUCAGACUGCUGGAAGAGAUAAGAUUGUGCGAUUGCUGCAGUAUGCAAGCAAGGCAGCAUGGCAUUACAUGCAGCAGAAGCAGCUCAGCAGGCAGUCUAUAGAUCAACUGAAGAGCCUGGAAUACACCUUUAGUUCGUUUAGGAAGUUGUUGCGUCUGGGUAGGUUCCUGGACAUGUUGUAUGGUGCAUUUUCAUCAAUUCACUAUCCAGAUGUGACUGUGCGGAUAACAUGUACUUUAUCUAAGAUAGCCAAUGCGCUUUUCCUUUUGGCAGACCAUAUUCUAUGGAUUGGUCGAAUUGGGUUGAUAAAUGUUAAUAGUGAGAAGUGGGUUAAAGUAGCCAACAAAUACUGGCUAUGCUCAAUCACAAUGAAUCUGGUUCGUGAUGUGUAUGAAAUAUGGUGCAUCCUUGAACGAGAAGGCCGUCGAUUGGGCAUUCCACCAGGCGAGAGUCUACAUCGUACAUGUUUGGCAGAUGGGUUUUCUCAUAAGACAGUACCACUCAAUUUGCGAGCAGUUACAUUUGUCGAAGAACAUAAGGAUGUGGUUGUUGACACAGUAAAGAAUGGCUGUGAUGUGAUGAUUCCAUUGACUGCAUUAGGCUAUAUGCGACUUAGCCCUGGGGCUGUUGGCCUCCUUGGUGUUGUGUCAUCAGUGGCAGCUAUAAUCAGCCUUAUUGAUCCUCUGGCCCGCCUGACACCAGCUUAGAUACAAGCUUCAAAAUGUACCAUUUAUUGGCCAGAUAGAAGGGAAUCCUGCUCAGAUUGCAGAUUCAACAGAAAUAAAAGUCCAUAUGAUCUUAAGAAAUAUGGUGUAACACUAUAUACACUUGUAAACUAUAAAGAAAUGGAAGAUAUAUUUUGGGUGCUGCAUUGGGUCUGUAUUUAACUUCAUCUGUAAUGACACACUGAAAUAGAAGAUAAGGAAACAAGGUCAGAUGUUUGUGAUAACAUUCUGCAUCCUGUGAAGAUUAAUGCUAGCCCAGUUCUUUGUUAAAUAAAAUUAAAAAAAUGAAAUAUUUAAAGGAACUGUGAGACUAUUUGAAUUGCAGAAGUGAUUCUGUUUUUGUUUCAGUGACAUAUUGAUUGAAAUGUCAUUGUGAUGUAGAAGAGUUCGUUCAGUAAUAUCCAGUUAAUUUCUUUAGAUAAGCCAAUAGUUACACACAUUAAUAAUACUCUGUAUAAUUCACUGAUAUGUUUUGUUUGUAAUUUUGCCUGUAUUUCAGUUAGAGAUCUGAAAUGAACUACAUAAUUUUAAAAGGAUCAUUGAAUCUUAGCCAUUAAAGUAUGUUUGUAUGUUUGUACUGAUCGUUAGUAAAAUGUGAAAUUCCAUUUGGAAGUUAGGUUAUCAACAAUUUAUGAAUGUUUUAUAUUGAUAAACAACAAAGUUUGUAUGGUUACUUAAGUUUUAUAAAAGAUAUUUUAUAUAAUUUUGACAUACUCAUAUGUCAGUUCAUCCAUUAUAAUUGACAAAAUAGUACCAGAAUGCUUGUCUCAAAUUUCUUUCCUUCCUGGACACUUUGUGUAUUAUUAUAUGAUAUAUAGUUGUUUAUGUUUGUUUUGCAAUACAGCAGUUCUGUUAUAUGAAAGAGGGCUUGGUGUUGUAAUUAUUGUUAUGUUGUUUUGGAAAUAUAUGUGUUAUAUUGUUAUUUUUUA